AGUUUGCUAAAUUGAUGUCAUUUUGCCUUUCAGGCUUGCAGAGUCAUCAGUCGAUCUUAACCUGAAACUGAUGCGAUGGAGACUGGUCCCUUCGCUGGACUUGGACAAGGUGGUCAGCACCAAAUGUCUUCUGCUGGGAGCUGGAACACUGGGUUGCAAUGUGGCCAGGACUCUGAUGGGCUGGGGAGUAAGACACAUCACCUUUGUGGACAAUGCAAAGAUCUCCUACUCAAAUCCGGUGCGGCAGCCUCUCUAUGAGUUUGAAGACUGUCUCGGAGGAGGAAAGGCCAAAGCCACGGCCGCCGUCGAGCGACUCACCAAAAUCUUUCCUGGUGUGGUGAGUUCAGUUAAUAUUGAUAAUAAAUGUCUGGAAAAUAUCUGUAGAUCUGUCAUACAACUACAGAUGCUGAAAUGUGUAAACGUCAAAGGUGAAUGUAAGUCUCAAGUCUGAAUUGUUACCGUUUACCGUGGCAAAAAUCGAGCUUGUCGAGUCAAGUCAUCGCUUGAUUUAGUCAAGUUUUGUCAACUCA